UUAGUGUGGCCAGUAGCCACCCAACACCACUGCCGUCUCUCUUUAAAUCAACUGAAACUUGUGCCCUUAAUUGCAUCUUUGUCUCUGGAGCCCUCUCCAAUUUCCUCUGUCAAAUCCUCCCAUAGUCUCUCUGAAAAAAUGAGCUGGUGGUGGGCUGGUGCUGUUGGAGCUGCAAGGAAAACGCUGGGGGAAGAUGGUGCACCUGCUUCCAAGAAUUUCCAGAGUGUGGCCCUUGUGGCGGGAGUCACGGGCAUAAUUGGCAACAGCUUGGCCGAAAUCCUCCCCCUCUCCGACACCCCGGGUGGUCCAUGGAAGGUUUACGGGGUGGCGCGACGCCCCCGGCCGUCCUGGAGCCUAGACCACCCGGUGCAAUACAUCCAGUGUGAUGUCCUCAACGCUGAUGACGCUCGGGCCAAGCUCUCUCCCCUCACUGACGUCACCCACAUCUUCUGGGUAACCUGGGCUAAUCGGCCAUCCGAGGCAGAGUGCAUACAAGUCAAUGAUGCCAUGUUCUUGAACGUCCUAAAUGCCGUUGUCCCAAACGCACCAAACCUGACCCAUAUUUGUCUUCAGACAGGCCACAAGCACUACAUCGGACCCUUCGAAUCCUUGGGAAAAAUCAAGCCCCACGAAACUCCAUUCGUCGAGGAUGUUCCCAGACUCCCCGUCCCCAACUUUUACUACAGCCUGGAAGACAUAUUGUUCGAAACUUGCAAGAAGAAGCAAGGACUAACAUGGUCAGUCCACAGGGCUGCGGCGAUAUUUGGCUUUUCCCCGUAUAGCAUGAUGAAUGUGAUUGGCACAAUCUGCGUUUACGCUGCAAUCUGCAAGCACGAAAAGGUGCCCUUUAAAUUUCCAGGCACAAAAGCGGCCUGGAAUUGCUAUUCGGUGGCAUCAGACGCUGAUUUGAUCGCGGAGCACCAGAUUUGGGCGGCCGUGGAUCCCUACGCAAAGAACGAAGCUUUCAACUGCAGCAACGGGGAUUUGUUCAAGUGGAGGCAAAUGUGGAAAGUGCUGGCGGAGGAAUUCGAGUUGGAGUACGUGGAAGUUGAUGAGAAUGAGGAAUUCGUGAGCAUGAGUGAGUGGAUGAAGGACAAAGGACCGGUGUGGGAUGAGAUUGUGAAGAAGAAUCAGCUGACUCCUACGAAAUUGGAGGAGGUGACGACUUGUUGGUUUGCUGAUGUGAUUUUCAGUGGAGAGUGUAUGUUGGAUAGCAUGAACAAGAGUAAAGAACAUGGGUUCUUGGGGUUCAGGAACACUACAAAAUCUGUCAUUUCUGUGAUUGACAAGAUGAGAGCUCACAAAAUUGUUCCAAUUUCGCCGAGGAAAUGUGUGGAGAACGGAGGACAAAAAGAAUACAACAGUGCAGCUCUAAUUAUAGGAAUCACUGGAAUUGUUGGCAGCAGCUUAGCUGAAAUGCUGUUGCUCCAUGAUACCCCUGGCAAUCCCUGGAAGGUCUAUGGUGUGGCUCGCCGCCCUCGUCCCACCUGGUUAUCCGACAAACGACUCAACUACAUCCAAUGCGACAUCUCCAAUUCUAGAGAAACCAUUUCCAAGCUCUCCCCUCUCAUCGACAUCACUCACAUUUUCUAUGUAUGUUGGGUUGGGUCGGAGGACUGUGAUUUAAAUGGUUCCAUGUUCAGGAACGUCCUGAGAGUCGUCAUCCCCAAUGCUCCAAAUCUCCAGCACGUUUGUCUCCAGACAGGUAUCAAAUACUACCUUGGAGUGUUCGACGAACGAUACAAGCAAGAACCUCAUGAGUCGCCUUUCACUGAGGACCUGCCUAGACUGCCCAUACCAAAUUUCUACUAUGACCUGGAGGACAUUCUUGAAGAAGAAACCAAGGCCAAGCUUGGUUUGACGUGGUCCGCCCAUCGACCUGCUCUGGUUUUCGGGUUCUCCCCUUGUAGCAUGAUGAACAUGGUCAGCACCAUCUCCGUUUAUGCUACCAUUUGCAAGCACGAGAACAAGCCCUUGGUGUAUCCUGGAAGCGACUUCUCCUGGGAUUGUUACUAUGAUGUUGUGGACGCGGAUUUACUAGCUGAGCAACAGAUAUGGGCAUCGAUGGAGCCCAAGGCCAAGAACCAAGCUUUCAAUUGUAGCAAUGGAGAUGUCUUCAAGUGGAAACACAUCUGGAAAAUAUUGGCAGAGCAGUUUGGGUUAGAAAUGGUUGGAUACAGAAAAGGGCAGAAGGAAACAAGCAUGGCAGAAUUGAUGAAGGGGAAGGAGCCGGUGUGGGAUGAGAUUGUGAAGAAGCACAAACUGGUGCCUACAAAGCUGAAUGAUAUUGCAGCAUUUUGGCUUGCAGAUGUGGUGUUCUAUUCGGAUAAUCGAGUGAGCUGUAUGAACAAGAGCAAGGAGCUUGGAUUCUUGAGAUUCAAGGACUCGACAAAGUCAUUCCUCGACAGCAUUGAGAAAAUGAGAGCUUACGGAUUUAUCCCUUAA